CCUAGAGUGAGGCCCGAUUCCGUCGCAUCUCUUUGAUGACGAGCGAGCCGUGGAUUAACUCCGCAUUUGCCGAGGUGCAAAGAUCCCUUUGUUGUCGUCAACCCGUGUUGGGCGACGUUCGAGUUUGCCCCUCUCCGUCCAGCCGCCGUCCUUUUCAUCCUUUGUAGAAGCGCGGAAUGAGUCUGGAGUCAGAGAGCGGCCAAAGCGUGCGAGCCCGCGGGAAAUAUUGGCUUGCUUUCCUUUAUUUGUCAUGGCGUUCCUUUGCGCCGCCAACGUGUUGUCGUCGCCAAUGACGGCCUGCCCGAAGUGAGGCUGCAGGCGUCAAAGAGUCGCCGGCAUGACGGGGGCGCUCGGGACCGAGGUGACUUACGAGAUGACUUUGUGAGCCGACUUAAAGACUGGCUGCGUACAUAUGUCCUUGUCUUAGCGAUAACCCCUCGUUGUCGAAAGCGGGCCGUAUACGCCUUGGUCUUGCUCCCCCUGCGCCACUUCAACCAUUGCCAAUAGUUGUUGACAAGUCGCCAUGAUCCUCGGGAGUCAGUCAAAGCCUAGGCCGUCCGUGGGCCUCAUACAUACCGGAGCCUUUACUCUCAAGGCAGCCUCGUACCGCCGAGAUAGUGCACUACAGGACGAGGUCUUUUGGUCGCCUGGGCCGGCCCGGAGUGGUCCAUCGACGACGUCCCGUGAACACGAUAAUGACUCCGUCAUGCAAGACAAAAGUCCCGUCGCAAUAACUAAAUAUGAAGCAUCAGAGUCAGCUGCCACAAUCAGCCCUACAUCUCCUGAUCACCCUCGAUCAGAGCCAUCACUUACCCUACCCCGGAUCGAGGACCUCCACGUACAGGACAAGGGGUCGGACGACCUCGCACAACAGACGCCCAUCAUCGCCAGCCCUAUGGCAGCCGGCACGCUAGCAUAUCGCAGAAGACAAGUCGUCAAGCCCUUGACGGCGUCCGCCCGGAACCUGUACUUCCAGCGCUUCCGCGAGGGCCUCUGGCGUCGAGGCUCGCAGGACUUUGGCAACUGCGAGCACGCGGAUGUCUUCGUGUCGGCGGCCGAACUUCGCCGGCUGUCCGGUGCCACCAACGGUGACGUGGCGGCAGACAAGAGCCAGCUGUCUGUCCGCGUGGUCAUUCAUUCCAAGGACCGGAGCCCGCGCGGCCUGAAGCGAGAGUUUGACCUGGUCUCGCUUCGUGCCACAAUUCCCGAGCCGCUGGCGUCACCGCGCUCGCCCAACUUUGAUCGCGCAUCGCUCCUUUCCGUCCUCGAUAGCGACGGGGCAACCUCGCCUUGUGAGUCGCCGGUUCUACCCCCGGCGCCAGGCCGCGUGAGCGACGAGAGGAAAGACUCCUCGCAACGCGGCCCAGGGCCACCGGCGGACCGGCGUCAUCAUUGUGCGGGAUGGAGACCUGUACCUAUGCACCUCCAAUAUGCACGAUCCCAUCUCCCCGUCCUGGCGGCCAUCAUGAUGUCAGAGCAGGUGCGGAAGGGAGACGUGAUAGAGCUUCCCUUGCCGCACCCGCGGGCGUGGGCCGAGACUGUGGCUUUCGUGUACACUGGCGAGGAGGAGCUUUUGACCGAGCACGUUAAGCGAAAUAUCGUGUAUCUGGGCGGGAAGGUGUGAGGGCCAUGCGCAGGUCGAUACGACGUCAUGUCACUCUAAUACUUUGAAGACCACAGACUCUACAUUCCGGGACUUGUUCUGUUUUCA